UCUCUUUUUCAUCUCUAGCUUAUACUCCUCUUCUAACUAACAGCCUAGCUAGAGAGGUCACUACCAGGGCCAGCACGGUUCACGUGCCCUAGUCAAAAUCGCUUUUUAACCCUAAUUCAUAUACUUUAGGAUACUAUUCACCAAAUUUGUCCGUUUAUAGUCAGGAACACCACGUUAAAGAUUCCAAAAGCAACUCAACUAAAAGACUCUUUCUACACAUUGUCUAUAAAUACACAUAAUCCUUAAUCACACAAUCCAUCUCCCUAUUUCAAAAGAGAUUCUUCGACAUUUUAUUUUAUUUUACGUCACAAAAUGCCACCGGUGCAUUCGACUCCCUUCCACCAGAUGGAAAACCCUGCCCUAAUCUCACUUCUCCAGCACACCACCCGCGAAAAGAGAUCAUCCUCAAAAACCUCAGGAGGUAUCUUCCGCAUGUUCAAGCUCCUUCCGAUGCUCACCACAGGCUGCAAAAUGGUGGCCUUACUAGGCCGCCCCCGAAAAGCCCUCCUAACAGACCAUGCAUCCACCGGAACCCUCUUCGGAUACCGAAAAGGCCGCGUCACCCUAGCCAUCCAAGAGGACCCUCACCGCCUCCCCCUCUUCGUCAUCGAGCUCCCCAUGCUCACUAGCGUGUUCCACAAGGAAAUGGCCUCGGACGUCGUCAGGCUCUCCCUCGAAAGCGAAACCAAGACUAAAAAUAAAAAAGUUUUGGAAGAAUUCGUGUGGGCGGUUUAUUGUAACGGGAGAAAAUACGGGUAUUCGAUACGGAGGAAACAGAUGAAUGAGGAUGAGAUUCAUGUGAUGCAGCUGCUUAGAGGAGUGUCGAUGGGAGCUGGAGUUCUUCCCGGGCCGGCGGAUCAGAAGGAGAGCACGGCGGAUGGGGAGUUGACGUACAUUAGAGCGAGGUUUGAUCGGAGAGUUGGGUCUAAGGAUUCGGAGGCUUGGUAUAUGAUUAAUCCUGAUGGUGCGAGUACGGGUCAAGAGUUGAGUAUUUUCUUUGUACGGACGCGUUAGAUUUGGUUGUUUUUUUUUUUGGGGUUUGGAGGUUUUAUGUAAGGUGUAUUUGCAUGAUCAUGAUCAUAGAGCUAGGUUAUACGGAAGAGCUUGUGCAAUGUUGGAUACAUUAAUACGAUAAUAAUGUAAUUGGUUAGUUCCUGAUU